AAAACCACGUGACCGCAGUCAUGUGGCGAGAUAAGGAAGUGGUUCUGCCGCGGAAGACAAGUUUCUGCACAGUAAAGUCUAACAUGACUGUCAAGUGUUUUUAUUUUCUCUUUCUGAUCUGUUUGUUGGUUUUGAUCAGUUCUCAGAAUAUUAGUGGAAAGAGAGUUUGGCCUGUUCCUUACAGGCGAUUCGACCGUCGUCCUCCCACUGACCCUUACUGCCAGGCGCUUUACCCCUUUUGCCCGACUGGAGACCUGGAUGGUCGCAUCCCCUACAUGAGAGACGCCGAUGUAAUCUCUGUGUUUAGACUGCAAACUCCUGUUUGGGAAUUCAAAUAUGGAGAUCUUUUGGGGAAAUUUCAUAUAAUGCAUGAUGCCAUUGGAUUUGCCAGCUCAGAAACAGGAAGAAACUAUACCAUGGAAUGGUACGAGCUAUUCCAGCUUGGAAACUGCACUUUUCCCCAUGAAAGAGAGGGCAUAAUGGCUCCUUUUUGGUGCAAUCAGGGUGCGGCAUGCUUCUUUGAGGGAAUAGAUGAUGUGCACUGGAAACAGAAUGGAACUCUGGAGAAAGUGGGAGAGAUUUCUGGUUUGCAAUUUAAUAAUCUGGCACGGUGGGUUCAAGAGGACAAUGAGACGGGUAUUUAUUAUGAGACGUGGACUGUGCGGUCAGACCAAGGACCCAACUCAACCACAUGGUUCGACUCGUAUGACUGUUCACAGUUUGUACACCGCACAUACAGGAAAUUGGCAGAACUGGGAGCCAACCUCUCAAGCAAAACUCAGACAAAUUACACCAAAAUCUACCUGUACAGUGGUGAGCCUACCUACCUUGGGGAUGAUGGCAGCAUCUUUGAUCAACCCUCAAUGAAAACUCUGGCCACAGAUAUCAGAAAGUUUUACCGUUCUUUUCAGCCUCACCAGUCGAUGUUUCAGUUCAUCCUCAGCCUGAUGGAAGCUUAUAAAAAAGUAGUGCUUGAGAAGACUUUCUAUUUGUUCUACAACUUUGAGUACUGGCACUUGCCAAUGAAGCCACCCUACAUCCAAAUUAUUUAUGAAGAAGUUCCUCUGCCAUGAUGAGGAUGGCCUUGAGGUUUUUGUAUUUUUUUUACUUGUAGAUCUGAGCUAUGACGGCUUUGCACAUGAAAAAGUAAUUUGUUACUUGUGAUUAGUCAAUGAUUAAUGCCACAGGUUAAAGUUUUGCUGGAGGUGAAUAACAAUUAAGUCACGUGAACUCUCAUCAAUACCACAGCUCUGUUUAAGACUCAGUUCUUGGUGUUCAUUCAUUUUCUAUAAAAGCACAGCUCAGACAGAGGUUCUGGAUGCUAGGCAAAUCACAGAUUUAUAUUAAUGUGCUCAUUCUAAUAUGUUACUGUUUAUGCAGCAGCCAAUUAAACGGAGCCUUGUAUGGAGGACAUUCUGUGGAAACAGAACUUUAUUAUUUUUUUGAAUGACUGCAAGAGGAGAGGAUUAUUUACCAUUGGAAGGAGUCUCCAAUGUAAUUGCAUCAUUGCUUUAUAACAGUCAAGCAGUAGAAUUGUGACUAAAUUUUGUAACUCAGGAGAUAGGCUGCAUUUUUGUUGUCUUAAUAACUUAAAAAAAAAAAAAAAGGUUGGUGAGGGAAUAAGGGAAAUAAUAUUUUUUUAUAGUGGUUACGAUGUGAGUGAUAAAUUAACUUGUCACAGACAUUAAAUGUAAACACAAAACACAUGAAAAGUGUAAUUAUGUUCUUUAAUAAAAUAACUUAAUCCAA